AGCCCAUUUUACUUUCAAUGACAAAAUUCGGUAGUUUUUGCGGAUUUAUCGAUUUACACCCACUCUCUCCUUUUUGUCGGUCUAUCUUCUUGGCCUAGAGCUUCUAACUCUGUCGCGCAGGUAACAGCAGGACAACGUUCUAGGAGCCGCUGAUCUCCUUCCUCGCUCCUUGUUCUGGGGCAUCUGCCUUCCCGCGUCUUCAUUGGAUCGCUAGAUACACCGCAAGCAGGAUGUCUGAGGAACCUUUUGUCCCGAGGGAAAGGAUUUACAAGCUUCAGCAGUAUUUCCAAAACGCUCAUAAACAUACUUACCUAAAGGGGCGUUAUGAUGUAAUAACCUCUGUUGGUAUCCCUGUAGCCCUGGCUGCCUCAUCAUUAUUUCUGAUUGGGCGUGGAAUUUAUAACAUGUCUCAUGGGAUUGGAAAAAAAGAAUGAAAGUUUUUUUCCCCCCCCUCUACAGUUCCUCUAUCACUGCUCUACUUGGUUUUGUUAGCUUCCAAUAAUGUUGGCAUGGGACUUGCAUGCCUUUGAUUUUUAGCUUUUAUUACAAGUAUUUUUCUUCUUCAAUAAUUUAUAAAUUGUUUUGUUGUGUUCUUGCCAGUUUAUGGUUGCUUGUUUAGCUCUUAUCUUUCUGAGCUUUCGAAGGCAUGUUGAAAUGUUUUUCAUUGAAAGACAUCAAAUCUUAUUUUGUGCUGAAGAGUUCUGUUUGUAGCUU